AUGUCUUACUUGGAGUGGGCUGAGUCUCAGCUUGCAGAGCUAGAGCUGCUGAGCAGUAUGUUUCCCACCCAGGAGGAAUUGGAGGUCACAGACCAGGUGGCACUAGCUGAACUGAGGGCCUACGUAGAGGGUUCAGCUCCAAGAGACAGCCCUCCUUCCUCCAGACCCCAUUUUCUCAUCAAACAGAAGCUGGACACGGGAAGCACGGAGAUGACGGAUGUCAUUCUGUCCUGUGCGUAUACAUCUGAAUAUCCCAGUGUGUUACCAGAGAUCACAAUCCGGUGUGCCAGUCUCAACAGGGCCCAGCAGACACAGCUCCAUGCAGAUCUCAGUGCAUACCUUAUAGGAAACUUCCAGGGGGAAGUAUGUGUGCUCUCUGCAGUGAAUUGGGUGAAAGAAAAUCUGCACCUCUUCAUCAAUAGGAGCUUGUCAACAGCACCGGCUCCUAAGAAAGAGUUUGCCUCUCCACGGUCACGGUCACAGGAAGUGUUCAGCCGACUGUGGAUCUACAGUCACCACAUCUACAACAAGGCAAAGAGGAAGAACAUCUUGGAGUGGUCCAAGGAGUUGGGCCUGUCAGGAUUUAGCAUGCCUGGGAAGCCUGGUAUUGUGUGUGUUGAAGGUUCUCAGUCUGCCUGCGAGGAGUUCUGGUCCAGAGUGAAGGUUCUGACAUGGAAGAAGAUCAUGAUUCGACAUAGAGAGGAUAUUCCCCUUGAUCAUCAGGGCGAGGACAGCAGGAACGUUGAAAGUAUUGACUGCCUGCGCAAAUUCUCAGGCUUUGAAGAAGCAGUGUUUGACCCCCAUGGGAACAGAGGUAAUCACAUGGACCUUGGGCAGCUCUACCAGUUCUUAAAUGAGAAAGGCUGUUGUGACGUCUUUCAGAUAUAUUUUGGCAUUGAAGGAAGGUAGUGGUCAGACCUAGGGGGGUAAACAGGUAUUUGACUGGUGCCCUGUCACUAAAGUAACCUCUCCUGAAAAAUUCUGUAAAUCUUGCACAUUCAUUACUGUUUUAGUUUUUUGUUUGUUUGUUUCACAGGCAGGCACGCAUAUGAACUGUGACCACAUGAUCACAUGUGCCUGAUGAACUGAAAUAAAUGAACUAUGUUUUAUGGAUUUUGUAUAGCUGUGGCCUGUGGGAAAUCACGGGGAUAAAAGAAAGAACAUAUUUGCAAUUUGAGUUCUCACUUUUUUUUCUAGCUAAUGGGCAUGUUUUUCAAAAAGAAGCAUUAAAAAAGUAUUUGUCAGAGAGUUUUCUCAAGGACUUUAAUUAUAUUUGCAGUUUUAAUAUACCUCCAUGUGACACAGAUCACACCUUGCCCUGGGUGUUUCUUUCCUCAAAUGGCACCUUGGUGUAUUACUACCAGGGUAUUAUAGGAUUUUCGGGUCUGAUACCACGUUAAUUUGGAUAACAUAGACAACACUAUGCUAGAUAUCUGUUUAUGAAAUCUGUUGAUUUUCUUCUUAUGAAUAAUGGAAAGUCUUUCUCCAAUUUUCUUUGACUGAUUAGUUGUUAGAUAAAUGGCAAUUAAAAUGUGAAGUUACUGGACAUUAUUCUUACUUUUAAAUCCUUAAGACUGAGAUGGAAAUUUUAAAAAUAUUCAUGCAGAUUUGUAUGUAGAGUUUGUCUAGUUUGUGGUAUAAGGCGAUUGUAUUAAGUAUAUGAUAUGCAUGGCUAUUUUAUAAGUGAGCAAAAUGCACAAAUUACAUGCAGUAAGCAGUCAUAUACUGUGUAUUUUGAUGGUUUUGACUGACGACUUGGUGAAGUCACUGAUGAAAGGAAAGUCAGACAACUUGAAGACAAAACAAACUUAAGUAUCUACAGGCAUCUGGAUUGGAUUUUGUUGCAAACUUGCUUGGUCUACACUGCCCAGCAGCCAGCAGAUGGUAGCAUAUUAUAAUUAAAUUUUGAAAAUAUGGCGACCUGAGAUGUCAUCUGUUAUUUCAAGAUGUUAACCUGCUAACAAAUACAGUGCAUCCAAAAACAAAUGUAUUCAUCUACAAAACCAAACAAUAGUACAUUGUUUAAACAAUCUUAGCUGUUAUUUGGAUCAAAUAUGAAUACUGUUGAUUAUAUAUAUAUAUAUAACUGUCAUUAAGCAGCCAUGCAGAUCAAUAUGCUAUAAUAAGUGUACAAUGUAAAAAGGUAGGGUGGUUUAUAUGUGUGGUUCUGUAUGUUUCACAACAGCAAGGUGUUUGUUUAAAACUCAAACAGCCCAUAAUCUUCUGCAUUGUUUCAUUUGUGCUUACUUUUAACAAAUCUUCCUUCUACUACAUAGCCAGAAUUGAUUCAGCUAAAAUUGGUUUUAUUUGAUCAUGUUUACAUCUAACAGGGAUAUAGCACAUCUAUAGACGUCUGACUGACAGAUUCGUCACUGUAGUAGGGUUGUAACAGCAGAAUAUGGUAUAAAUAGUUCAAAGAAUUCCUUUCAAAAGCCCAGAUUAAAUAAAGAUAAACCAAACACUAAAGAUUUCUAAAUACAAAUGUUUACCCCAAAUGAAUCAAUAAUUUGGUUAAUAUUUGUAGAUACAUUAGGGCUCUUAUUCAAUUAGUAUUUAUGCUGUAGUUUCACGUCUGUUGAGAUUAGCUGGACAUUGGUCAAUCUAUUAAUUAAGACGCCAAACAAAAUACCUGCUUUAUACAUUUAAAAAUCACCUGCCAUGAGUUAAUGUAAUGGCUUACAUUAUUCCAUAAUAGAUUUAAUAUAGCAAUGACCAUUGCGCGAUACAUCAUACGUGCAUGACCAGUACGUAUGACUUGCCAACUUUUGAAAUAAACCAGUUUUUAAAGACUUUUUCCAAUAUAGACAAAAUUGUUUUUACUCUACACCUAUAAUUUUUCAUUCCAUGCACAGAUGAUUUUCAAGAUGCUUUAUUGAUUUUUCU